UCUUUCCGAGAUUGUCAACAUGCCAGUUAAAAAGAAGGGGAAGAAGAAGGUGGCAGCCGCGCCUUUGAAGGCAAAGAAAUCGGCUGAACCGAAGAAGGUGACUAAUCCCCUCUUUGAGAAGAGACCCAAGAAUUUUGGCAUUGGUCAGGACAUUCAGCCCAAAAGAGACUUGAGUAGAUUUGUGAAAUGGCCCAAGUAUGUUCGCCUACAGAGACAGAAGGCUGUGCUGAUGCAGAGAUUGAAGGUUCCUCCACCAAUCAACCAGUUCACACAGGCACUUGACAGACAGACUGCAUCACAACUUUUCCGUUUGUUGGACAAAUACCGACCAGAGACAAAACAACAGAAAAAAGAGAGGUUGAAGGCUCGUGCCGAGGAGCGAGCCAAGGGUAAGGCUGAUGCUCCAACCAAACGUCCUCCAGUGGUACGUGCUGGAACCAACACUGUGACAACAUUGGUAGAACAGAAAAAAGCCCAGCUUGUGGUGAUAGCACAUGAUGUAGAUCCACUUGAGCUUGUGCUGCAUUUACCAGCUUUGUGCAGAAAGAUGGGUGUCCCAUAUUGUAUUGUGAAGGGCAAAGCCCGCUUGGGACGUGUUGUACACAGAAAAACUACAACCAGUCUUGCACUGACAACAGUCCAUCCUGAGGACAGAAAUGCUCUAAACAAAGUAUCAGAUGCUGUGAGAACCAACUUCAAUGACAGAGUUGACGAGAUCCGUCGUCACUGGGGAGGUGGCAUAAUGGGAAGCAAAUCACAAGCCCGCAUUGCCAAGAUAGAAAAAGCAAAAGCUAAAGAAAUUGCACAGAAAAUGGGUUGAACUGUAUUUAUUCCUGGCAAAUAAACCUUCUGAAAGAAAAAAA